AUGCGGAGCUCCGUAUUUUCGCUUGUUCCGCCAUCACGAUCUUCUUUUCUUCUUCUUCUUCUUCUUCUUCUUCUUCUUCUUCUUCUUCUUCAUUCUCGAUCAUCGGCGUCUUUUCUGUUUCUUUUUUUCUUUCUCCUUUUUCAACUUUUUCUACUUAUUUCCCCUUCACCGACUUUUUCUUCUUUCCUAUUCAUCGACUUCUACUUUCUCUUUCUUUUUGUUCUUCUUUCUGCCUCAUUGAUUUCUUACUCUUAUCCUUUCUUUUUCAUCGACGCCUUUUCCUUUCAUCGACUUCUUCUUCUUUUCUCCUUCGUUGACUUCUUUCUUCGUUUUCUUCUUUUCUUUCUCCUUCAUCAACUUCUUCUUCUUUCUUAUUCAUUGAGCACUUCUCAAUCACCCCCUCUUUCUCCUUCAUCGAGUCCUCCUCCUUUCUUCUUCAUUAUUGUCGUCUUCUACUUAUUUUUCUACUUCUUUCUCCUUCACCGUGUUCUUCUGUUUCUUUCUUCGUCGACUUCUUUCUCCUUCAUCGACUUCUUCCUUAUUAUUUUCUCCUCACCAAUCGUUUUCUCUAUCACUCGUAUUUUGUACUUUUCUCUAACUACAUAUGUAGAUUCUUUUAAAUUUCAUACAUUUAUAAUCCGUGUUCAUUUGACUAUUCGUUUUUGUCCAUUACUUUCGUCUCUCCUUUCUAUAUGUAUCCUCCUUUUUUUUACUUCUUCCUUUGAAAGGUUUCCUAAAUCUCCACACCAGGUUCAAUACCAAUUUUUUUAUUCCAGCCUCUUUCUCAAAACCGGAACCAAUUAUAAUCUUCUUUAUAUCAUAAAAACACGAAACGGAAGUUUCUCCACGUUGCUCUCUCCCUCGCUAUUCUUUGGUCAGUUACUUUCCAAUAAACCCCAAAUUCCUCGAAAGCCUUUUUUUUCAUAUUAUUUCAGUAUUUUCGGGAAACACUGUAUGAUUUUCCUGCUCCGGCCUUCCACUUUGAAAAUUCCAUCUAUAUCACUCCUCCUCUUCUACUUUCCCGCCAAUUCGAAAUUCAAUUGA